AGAAUUAAGUUUAAAAUUUUAUUACUUACUUUUAAAGCCCUCUAUGGUAUGGCACCUAGUUACAUUAUUGAUUUUAUUAACAUUAAGACAAAUAUGCGCUAUUUGCUGCACACAAAUGAAGGUGUUUGUUUAAAGCAUCCCUCAAGAAAAAUGAAAAAGUCAUUUGGUGACAGAUCUUUUAGUGUGGCUGCACCCACCUUAUGGAAUGCUCUUUUUGCUAAUCUUCACAGCAUCAAAUGCAUAUCAACUUUUAAGUCAUGUCUUAAAACUUAUCUUUUUCAAUUAGCUUUUAAUAGUUCUUAG